UUUAACUAAGUGUUGGCCUCGGACGGAUUGUUUCGCGUCAAUAAAGCCUAUUGUGCGUCGCAAUGUUUCAAAAACGCGGAAUGUUUAUAAAACAUGUGGAAAGACCCGAGCACAUAAAUUUGAGAGACAAAAUCGUCAGUGAUAGCGAAGAAAGAUGUGAUUUAAUGAAAACUUAUAAAGAACAGGAAACCAAGGAUAGCGCUUUGGAUCCUAAGUUCGGUGUAUUAAAGAAUAAAUACAACAUAACGGAUCUGUCUAAUGGAGAUUAUAAGAAAAAUGAUUCAGCGAAAAGUGAUUCCGAACCCGAUACAAACAAUGAGGAAGUUCCAAGCAUAUCAUUUUUCACGCUGUUUCGAUUCGCGACAAGAAAGGACAAGUUUUUCAUAUUCACAGCAUUAAUAUGCUCAGCUUUAGCAGCGGUAUCCACACCUUUGAACACCCUUCUACUGGCCGAAUUACUUCAGAAUAUGGUUGAUUAUGGGAUCUCUAUAGUAAUUGGUUCCCCGAACAAUGAUGCGUUCCUCGAAGCCAUGUGGUACUUUGCUAUAUACAACACUAUUCUUGGCGUGGCAUUGGUUGCCCUGUCCUACCUCGCUACCGUGUUGAUGAAUUUGUCCGCGUACAAUCAGGUAUAUAGAAUACGCCAGGAGUAUUUAAAAGCAGCAUUGAAUCAAGAUUUCGAAUAUUUUGAUGUUCACCAAACUGGAGACAUAGCCGCUAAAAUUAACAGUGACGUGGUAAAGUUAGAAGAUGGCAUUGGCGAAAAACUAUCAACGUUCAUAUUCUACCAGUGCGCUUUCCUCAGUUCAGUCACUAUGGCUCUUAUCAAGGGCUGGAAGUUGGCUCUUCUCUGUUUGAUAUCCUUCCCUGUUACAUUGUCGCUUGUUGGUGUGGCAGGCUUGAUAGCCUCAAGAUUGUCAAAGAAAGAAGCGGUUGCUUCAGGAAAAGCAGGCAAUAUUGCUGAAGAAGUUUUGUCAGCUAUUAGAACAGUCUACGCGUUUAGUGGACAGCAAAAGGAGAUAGAGAGAUACGGAAAGCAUUUAAUAGACGCAAGAAAAAUUAACAUCAAAAAAGGUCUGUUCAACGGUAUCGCCAUGGGCACAUUGUUCUUUUGCAUCUUCUGUUCCUACGCCCUAUCUUUCUGGUUCGGCUAUAGACUCAUGGUCGACGAGCCCGAAAACUACGAUGUCGCUACUAUGAUUGCUGUGUUCUUCGGAGUUAUGACAGGUUCAGCUAACUUUGGCAUAUCAUCGACUCUGAUGGAAGUGUUUGGGUCGGCGCGUGGUGCCGGCGCUCAGAUCUUCAACCUAAUCGACAACGUGCCCACUAUCAACCCUCUGCUAAACCGAGGCGUGACGCCGCCCUCUAUCGACGGCAACAUUGAGCUCAAGAAUGUCGUCUUCCAAUAUCCAUCUCGCCCUGAUGUUCCAGUGUUGAAAGGUGUAAGUUUGACAGUAAAGCGAGGCCAGUCAGUGGCACUUGUCGGCCACUCCGGCUGCGGGAAGUCCACCAUCAUCCAGCUUAUCUCCAGAUACUACGAUGUUAUUGACGGCAGUGUGACGAUAGACGGCAAUGACGUCCGGGAGUUAUCUAUACGCUGGCUGAGAUCUCAGAUCGGCUUGGUUGGCCAGGAGCCGGUAUUGUUUAACACCACGGUUAAGGAGAACAUAAGAUAUGGACGAGUUGAUGCCACUGAUGCGGAGAUCGAAGCUGUGGCUAGGCAAGCCAACGCGCAUCAGUUCAUUAUGAAGUUACCAAAAGGUUAUGACACUUUAGUGGGCGAACGUGGUGCUUCGAUAUCUGGUGGACAGAAACAACGUAUUGCGAUAGCGAGGGCCCUGAUCCGCAAUCCGCGUAUUUUGCUGCUCGACGAGGCCACUAGCGCGCUCGACACGUCUUCAGAAGCUAAAGUCCAAAAGGCUCUGGAUAAGGCUCAAGAAGGUCGCACAACAAUUGUGGUGGCGCAUAGGCUGUCGACGAUAAGGAAUGUUGACGUCAUUUACGUAUUCAAAGCAGGCAAUGUAAUAGAAUCUGGAAACCAUGAGGAAUUAAUGAAAAUGAAAGGACAUUACUAUGACAUGGUUAUGAUGCAAACGUCUCCUGAAGGCGAGGAAAUGCAAGUGAGUAACACAAAACUGACCAGAGAAGCAUCAGUAAGAAGUGAAAAGGAUGAAGACGAUUUCACUGACUUUAACAUGGCCAAAGAUGAUGAGGAGACCGCGGUGGCAACAGAGGUUUCCUUCUGGAGAGUAGUGAGGCUCAAUAAGCCUGAGUGGAAGUCCGUUUCUGUCGCGAGUUUUUGCGCCUUCAUGAGUGGUUUCGCUAUGCCGCUUUUUGCCGUCAUAUUUGGUGAUUUUAUUGGAAUUCUCUCCGAUCCUGACCAGGAUAAAGUAUUAGCGGAAGUGCGAAGACUGUCUCUUAUUUUUGUCGGCAUCGGUGUAUAUUCUGGAAUUGCCAAUUUCUUAAUGGUAUUCCUGUACGGUAUCGCUGGUGAGCACCUGACGGAACGGCUGCGGCGGCUCAUGUUCGACAAGCUUCUAAGGCAAGAAGUGGCAUUUUACGACGACAAGAACAAUUCCACUGGUGCACUGUGCGCUCGUCUUUCUGGCGAGGCUGCUGCCGUGCAAGGGGCUACUGGACAACGUAUAGGGUCGGUUUUGCAAGCUGCGGGAACGUUUGGUUUUGCUCUGAUUCUGGCCAUGGUGUAUGAGUGGAGAGUGGGCCUAGUCUCAUUGGCCUUCGUACCUCUAUUGAUGUUCAUCCUCUACAGGGAGGGAAGAUUAGCCCAUUUUGAAACUUUCGGUACAGCCAAAACUAUGGAAACUAGUUCUAAGAUUGCAGUAGAAGCAGUAGCAAACGUUCGUACAGUAGCGUCGCUCGGUCGCGAGCAGACGUUCCAACAGGAGUACGCAGUGCAGUUACGGCCUGCAUUGGUGAUCGCCAGCCGGUCGGCGCACUGGCGCGGGCUCGUGUUUGGCCUGUCACGAGGCCUCUUUAACUUCAUCAUCGCUGCCGCCAUGUUCUACGGCGGAAAUCUUAUCGUCUACAACGGGAUCAACUAUGAAGACGUUUUCAAAUCAGCUCAAGCGCUCUUGAUGGGUGCAUCGUCUGCCGCGCAAGCAUUCGCGUUUGCACCCAAUUUCCACAAGGGUAUCAAAGCUGCCGGACGUGUCAUAGUAUUACUCAACAGGGAAUCCAAGAUCACUGAUCCGGAUACACCAGCGGUCACAAACUUUAAAGGAACAGGUGAGGCUAGUCUGCAGGAAAUACAGUUCAGAUAUCCUACCCGCCCCAUGAUCCAAGUCCUGAAGAGCUUUGACUUGGAAAUAGAGCGGGGUAAAACGAUAGCGCUGGUCGGAGCCAGUGGUUGUGGCAAGAGUACCGUCAUACAACUGCUGCAGAGAUACUAUGACCCUGAUGAGGGUAUAGUGGCUCAAGAUGGCAUACCGCUGCCGAAGCUUCGUCUAGCAGAUGUGCGUCAGUCCAUCGGGUUCGUGCAGCAAGAGCCGGUGCUGUUCGACCGCACCAUCGGCGAGAACAUCGCGUACGGCAACAACUCGGGGAAACCGAACAUGGACGAGAUCAUAGAAGCAGCCAAACAGGCGAACAUUCACAACUUCAUCACCUCUCUACCCAUGGGUUACGAUACAAAUAUCGGAAGUAAAGGAACUCAACUGUCAGGCGGUCAGAAGCAGAGGGUGGCCAUCGCCAGGGCGUUGAUAAGACGACCCAAGAUGCUGUUGCUUGACGAAGCUACUAGCGCUCUCGACACUGAGAGUGAAAAAGUAGUGCAGGAAGCAUUAGACGCGGCCAAGGAGGGUCGUACGUGUGUGAUGAUCGCACACCGUUUGAGUACCGUGCGGGACGCGGACAGCAUCUGUGUGCUUAGCGACGGGCAGCUCGCCGAGAAGGGCAGACACCAGGAGCUUAUGGACCUUAAGGGCAUUUACUAUAACUUGAACAGGCGAGGCUACAUGUAAUGUCAGUUAUUGUGUAAUAUAAGUUUUCUUAAAAUACCAUUGUAGAUAAGGGUUGCGAUAUGGAAGUUUGGGAUUCUUUUUACUGCGAUAAUGCCAGUUAAAAGUUAUUGUUGUUUAACUCAUAAUAAGUGUAAAGCAUAGGAAGAAAAUAUUUUUUGACUCUGCAAGGACAGAUUCUUUUUGUAGAAACACUACGCAGGUAACAGACUAGUAAUGAAGCAAAAAUAUGCUAAGUGUUCAGCAACCCUGUGGAUAAAAAGAAGGUCCGUAGUCAGUAAGUCCGUAUUCACAAACGUUAUUUAGCUAAGUACGAGAAGUACUGUGAUAAAAGCCUGUAUCUCAGUGCUUUUGGCAUAACAGCCUUCGCACCGUGAAAGCGUAUGACCGCUGUAAUUAUCUAAAGAAAGUAUUGUUUGUGAAUAUGGGUAUUAGUAUCUUUCUGUUACGUUGGGAGGUAAUUGGGGCGAAAUAGUCUGACAAUAAACAUACUUUUUCUAGUAAUAUUAUAACUGUUUAUGUCGUCGUAUUAUUAAUAACUUAUUUUUUUUAACGAUACUUACUUUAUGUCCGGUGAGUACCUUAAUUAACUGAUUUUCGCCUGUUCUAGUUAGAUGAACUUUAUUUUAGCUUAUGAAAUGAGCUGUCUUGUCCAAUCGCAUUCAAUACCUAUAUUUCCUAAUGUAGGCAUCGCAGUUGUGUAUGUCUGUGAGACAAUAUUAUUAAUGUUCCUCUAAGUGAGAUUAUUGUGCGGGAAAAUUGCAUUUCUUGUAAGAUAAUGUAUUUAUUCAUAUUGUAUUUUUGUAAAAUAAUAUAUAAAACGAUUAUUUGGUGUAAUAAAAAAUAAUCAAUUUA